GCGGCCAUGGCCGGGGGGCCGGGCCCGGGGGAGCCCGCGGUGCCCGGCGCCCAGCACUUUCUGUAUGAGGUGCCGCCCUGGGUCAUGUGCCGCUUCUACAAAGUGAUGGACGCCCUGGAACCCGCGGACUGGUGCCAGUUCGCGGCCCUCAUCGUGCGCGAUCAGACGGAGCUGCGGCUGUGCGAGCGCUCACGGCAACGCACGGCUACCGUCCUGUGGCCCUGGAUCAACCGCAACGCGCGCGUGGCCGACCUCGUCCACAUCCUCACGCACCUCCAGCUGCUGCGUGCGCGAGACAUCAUCACAGCCUGGCACCCUCCUGCCCCCCUCCUUCCCCCAAAUGCCACUGCUCCCAGGCCCAGCAUCGUCUCUGCCCCCUCCGAGGCCAAGUCCUGGAGUCCCCGGAAGUCACAGCCCUCCACCUCCACCCUCCUCUCCCCAGAUCUUCCAGGCUUCCAGACCCACUCAGGGCCUGAUGUCUGCCCCGUCCCAAGCUUUGCUUCCCUUUGGCCACAACUACCCUCUCCAGCCCUUUCCUCCACUAAGCCAAGCCCAGAGAGCCCAGUGCCCUUUCUGCAGACGGUCCACCCUUCCCCUUUCUGCUGGCCCUUCAGUGAGAUUUCCCAGGGCACCCGAAACUUCUCCAAGGAGCUCCUGAUCGGGGAGGGUGGCUUUGGGUGUGUGUACCAGGCAGUGAUGCGGAAUACCACCUAUGCGGUGAAGAGACUGAAAGAGGAGGCUGACCUAGAGUGGUCUGUGGUGAAGCAGAGCUUCCUGACAGAGGUGGAGCAGCUGUCCAGGUUUCGUCACCCAAAUAUUGUGGAUUUUGCUGGUUACUGUGCUGAGAAUGGUUCCUACUGCCUUGUCUAUGGCUUCCUGCCCAAUGGCUCCCUAGAAAACCGUCUCCACCUUCGGAACCAGGCCAGCCCUCCGCUCUCCUGGUCUCAGCGACUGAACAUUCUUCUGGGCACAGCCCGAGCCAUUCAAUUUUUACAUGACUACAGCCCCAGCCUCAUCCACGGAGACAUCAAGAGUUCCAACGUCCUUCUGGAUGAGAGACUGAUGCCCAAGCUAGGAGACUUUGGCCUGGCUCGCUUCAGCCGCUUUGCAGGUGCCAACCCCAGCCAGAGCAGUACCGUGGCCCGGACCCACACUGUGCGGGGCACCCUGGCCUACCUGCCUGAGGAGUACAUCAAGACAGGCCGGCUGGCCGUGGACAUUGAUACGUUCAGCUUUGGGGUGGUGGUGCUGGAGACCCUGUCUGGCCAGAGAGCUGUGCGGACACAUGGUUCCAAGACCAAGUAUCUGAAAGAGAUGGUUGAAGAAGAAGCUGAAGAGGCUGGAGUGACCAUGAAAACCGCGCAGACCACUGUCCAGGAAGGUGUGCCUGCGGAUGCCUGGGCUGGUCCCAUUGCUGCCCAGAUCUUCAAGAAGCACAUGGACCCCAAGCCUGGGCCGUGUCCACCCCAGCUGGGCAUGGCCCUGUGUCAACUAGCUUGCUGCUGCCUGCACCGCAGGGCCAAGAAGAGGCCCCCCAUGACACAGGUGUACAAGCGGCUAGAGGGGCUGCAGGCAACAACAGCAGAACCUCCUUGUGAGCCAGAGGGCAUCAGCCACAGCCCCCCCUCCCCACAGGAGAACUCAUACGUGUCCACCACUGGCAGCGAUCAGGGCCGGGGUACCCUGUGGCAGCCUCUGGCAGGGCCCUUAGGAGAAGCAGCCCAGACUUCGCAGCGGCUCCGGAAAAUCCCCAACCAGCCUGUGGAGAGCGAUGAGAGUAUACCCGGCCUCUCUGCCGCCCUGUACUCCUGGCGCAUAGCACCAAGCUGCCCUCUAGACCCUGUGCCCCUCAGGGAGGCUGGCUUCACUCCAGGAAGCAGCGCCGCAGAGUCAGGCCACGAGAGUGGCCCGAGUCUCCCUCCCGCAGCAGUGGAAGGAUCACCUCUGGACAGCUCCGCUUCAUCGUUGUCAUCCAGGUCGCUACAGAUAGUCAUCAACCCAGCCCGGCAGAAGAUGGUGCAGAAGCUGGCGCUGUAUGAGGAUGGGGUUUUAGACAGCCUGCAGCUGCUCUCGUCAAGUUCUCUCCCAGACUUUGGCCUGGAACAUGAGAACAGACAGGGGCCUGAGGAGAGUGAUGAAUUUGAGAGCUGAAGUGUUUACCUGGGCAGAUCCCCUAGAGUUGGAAGUUAAAGUUCUCAUGGUGCACAGGCCCUCCCCAGCCUGCAGGCAGGAGGUCUGGGAGCCCAUCCUGACAGGGGACAAACGGUGAUAGCCCCUGCUAUGGUGGGGCUGUGCACACAGCCAAAGAGGCGGCCAGAAGCCGCUGACAGGACACACUGACUCAAGGUCCACCUGUGGGCCAGCCUGUGGGGCAAGGCAAAUGGAUGGCGUGGAAGGUCAGACUGGCACGCGGUGAAAGGCUGCUGGUUACACGGGCCAAGGGGCGGUGGCCGGGGUCCAGUGCUGUACGGGAGCUGGCUCCCCUGAGACCCAAGCAGGGGCUCUGCAGCCUGAGCCUGCAGUAACCUUCAGCCCCUCGCUGAAUUUUCCUCAAGUCGGGAGGGGAAGCAGCUCUUCUGCCGGAGAGAGCAGGUGUGGCCUGCCCCUCUCCAGCCUCUUGUCCGUCGUCAGCUGGAAUUGGAGUAUCAUUUUCUUACAGUUCAGUUCACUAACAAGAAUUCUGAGGCUUCCCCUAAAGAGUCCAGCAACAGCCCCCGCCUUGGAUUGGCGUGUGCAGGUUUCCCUGGAGACCAGUGAGUGAGCCUAAGGUGUCUGACCCCCUCCUUCCCAGGCCAUCCUUAGAUGGGCUCGGGAGGCCAUGCGAUUGGGCUUGGGCCCAGGCACUGUGUAGCAAAAGGGCUACCACCCAAGGUCCAAGCUUUGUGUUACCACAACAGUGAGAAGCCCAAAGAAAGCAGAAGUUGAAAGCAAUGUAGUAAGGGAAGGGCAACAUUUUCGGGAAAAAAGAAAAAUGUGACUCACAUGUUUUUAGAAGUAAAUCAGGUUUUGUGUAACUAAGUGUCCUGAGAGCCUUCAAAAGUAGCCAAGGAAAAAAAAAUUGCCAAAAAUAGCCAAGGCUCACAAUGAUUGUGUGUUCAUACCACAAGCCACACUAUGUGCCCUGAGAAGCUAGGCAUUGCUCAAGUUCAAGUUGUCGUUGAGUUAUAAACACUGAUGUUUUGGUUGAGUAAUAAAAACUUAUGUUUUGA